CCUGCAGGUGGAGCUGCUGCCGGCCGCGAAGCAAAGCGAGAGGCGCCACACCAGCCCGGGGAGGGUUUUUUUCUUUCUUUCUUCUUUAUAUGUUGCUGGCUUCCCUGCCUCCCUGAAGUCCUCCUCCUCCUUCUUCUUUCUCCCUCCCUCCCUCCCUCCAUCCUAAUGCUCUUGUCCCGUGCGUCCGCCUGGAUGGAGCUCGAGCGGGCAGCGGGCAGGGGAUUGACGAUAGGAGGCGGCGGCGGCCGCGCCGCGGAGGCUGCGGCUGCGGCUGCGAGAGACGGUUAGGACGGACGGUUGGCGGUUGGGAGGAGGAGGGGGGAGGGGGCGAGAUCGAGCUCGAGCGUCGCCCGCCCAGACAGUCAGUCGGUGACUGACACCGCGCCAGACAAUUGCCUCAGGGGGAAUUUGCCAAAAGUACAAAGGAAUGGAAAAUGCUUGUUACCAAAUCUUGACGAAGACAAUGUUGAUAACUUCUUGAAAACAUCGAUUGGAAUGGUUCUUUUUACCACUGUGACUUUCAAAUUGACAACGGCAACAUUCUUGUGGUUUAGUGGAUAAUUGUCCACUUGCAUAUUUAUCGGUUUGGAUCAUCAACAUUUAUUUGUACACUUGCUUCUAAAGAUUGUUUGCAGAUGACACAGAAUAUAUUUAGAAAUGGAUUGUCAAGACCUGAAGUGGAGGUGUCCUGGCUGCUUCCUGCUCAGUUUUGCCCAGUAAGGGCAGGUUGAAUUUGGAAUUGCAAGCAUUGCUUGAAAAACAGUAUGCAGGAAGCUGGUUUUCAAGCUACAAAUGCUUUAAAUGAGUGCAAAUUCCACUGCAACAAUGGCAACUGUUUGAAAUUUGGAAACUUGAUUUGCAACCAACUAAAUGACUGUGGCGAUAAUAGUGACGAAGAAAACUGUUUGCUCGUAACUGAACACCCACCUCCAACAAUUUUUAACUCUGAACAAGAAUUUGUCAAGAUAAUCAUCAUAGUUGCAGUAAUGACUGUGAUGGUGGUUGUAAUCAUAUGCCUGCUGAACCACUACAAGCUUUUAACACGGUCUUUCAUAAAUCGACAGAGUCAAGCUAGACGCCAAGAGGAAACACUGCAUCCUGAAGGGUGUCUAUGUCCAUCAGAUAGCAGCACAGUAUCACGCCACGGUGCUUCAGAGCCGAUGUAUUCUCCAAGAUCGAGGGACAGAUUUUCAGCCCCAUCUUUCAUGCAGAGAGAGCGCUUUAGCCGCUUCCAACCUACGUAUCCUUACGCACAACAUGAAAUUGAUCUUCCUCCCACCAUUUCACUAUCAGAUGGAGAGGAGCCUCCUCCAUAUCAGGGGUUGUGCACAUUGCAACUUCGAGAUCCAGAACAACAAAUGGAACUCAAUCGUGAGUCUGUCAGGGCUCCACCUAACAGAACUAUCUUUGAUAGUGAUUUGAUUGACGUCUCUGUGUAUAAUGGAGGACCACAGCCACCAAGCAGCAAUUCUGGCAUUAGUGCAACUAAUUAUAGCAGCAAUGGAAGGAUGGAAGGACCACCGCCCACUUACAGUGAAGUUAUGGGUCACUACCCAGGGUCAGCGUUCUUCCAUCAUCAGCAGAACAUGCCACCCUCACAGGCCAAUAACAGACUCCACUUUCAGCAGAACAAUGAGGACAAUAGGUCCAUCUCAUUUCAAGGAAAGGAUUCGCAUACAGAGAAAAUUGUGUGACUGUCUCUGUGAAUGCUUGAACUGAAUUAGGUACAGCAAUAUCGAGCUGUACUCUGGUGGCACAAGGUGCUACUUUGUGGGAAUUGGUUGGUAAAACCAAACAUGAAAUGUGUUGUUUUCUUUAAGGGAGUGCAUGAUAUGUUAAUUCUAACAAUUUAAAGAGACUUAACAAAUUUAAUCUAUGCCUUGUAGAUUCUUUUAUAGUGACUGAGAUACCCAAGGUGGAUGCAUAAGGCAUUUAAUUGAAAAGUGUUUUUGGCCAAUUUUGUGAUAUUGUCAAACAACAAACUGAAAUCCCUCUUGAGUGCCGACAAAAAGGUGGAAGAAAAAAACGCAAUGUUUAACUAGUUUGUGAAAAAUUGAAAUGUUGCACUAUCUUCUUGUUUGGGGAGGGAAAAUGAAAAUUGCUUUAUGGGGAAAAUGUAACCCAACUUUUGUCUUUACACCAGUGGAACUGAACAGAAUUACCAAGGAUGUCGGGAACUAGCAUUUUCAGAGGAUGGAGUUGUUUCCAAAGUGAUUUCUGGUUCCAGCCUAAUGCCUAUUCACACAUAUUAUGGAAAAUGCAGGGACACAAAAUGUUAACUGUAAUCGCAAUAAAUCUAAGGAAUACCAUAAUUAUGAAAAUGAUGAUCUAGACGCCUGCCAGGUGGAAGAUAGUUUAAAGUUCAAUUGUUCCCAGUUUGCAGCUGCUUAGAAUGAACAAUGAUUCAUAUUUACAACUGCUCAAAGAUUUUUGCAUAUUUGCACUUGAUUAACCCUUACUCUCCAAGUACAUUGCAAUUAGUUAAAAAGCAUUAUGUAGAGUAUAUGUUACUCUUGUACUUUGUAAAUUUUUAAUAUUUGCAAAUAUGUGUUGGAACUGGCCAGUUGCAUUUCUGUAGAGAAAACAUAAAUGUGUAGAUUUAAAUUCCAGAGGUGGAAUUUAGAAUUUAGAUUCUUUCUAGUUCAGUCUAAAUAUGCAGUGACUAAGAUCUCUGUUACUUUUAUUCAUGGAUCUACUGAUGUUUUUUUUAACUGAAAAUAUAAAUUAAUAUCUAGCUAUUUCAGCUAUUUACUGCCUAUUGCUUUUGGAAAAUUUCGAACAUUUACAGCCCAUUUUGAUCAAAAAUUGAGAUUGAGCAUGUGCAAGAUACUUAAGCUAAAGCCCUUUUCUAUAAAUUUUGAACAUACUAUUUUCAGUGUGAUCAUUUCUAUAUGUGUCAGUUAACAUCACAUGAAAUAUUGCCAUGGGUGUACAGAAAGCCACUGAGUUUUCAAUAGUGACACAAAAGUACAACCCUGUUGAGUGCAUUCCUCAGUCUAAACUGUUAAAAUUAUUUUAUUUCUUUAUGUUUUCAAACUACUUUAUGAAAUUACUUGUAAACUAAAUACUUGAAACUUUAUUGACUUUCACAGUCAAUUUUUCUUAGCCCUUCAGGAAGUUUUCAUUAAAAACAACAAUUGCAGGAAUUUCUGCAGUGUUUUUCACUACUUGAUUUGUGUGCUUUUACAACUCAUGGAAAACAUACAGAAAAAGUUUUCACUUGGAACAUUUGGGAGUCCUGCUUUCAGAAUUUGUUUUUACAAAGUGACUGAAUCUUGAGAUACAUGAUAUUUAGCAGCAAGCAAUAUGUAUUCGAAAAGCAAUGCUUAGAUAUUUCAGUUCUGUGGUUACAGAUUAUUACCUGAUGAAUAUUACAAUGAGAGUAGAAGAUAUUAACUUUGUAGUGAAUGAAAUACAAUAGUUUUUAUUUUGCAGUUGACUUUUUUAUAUGGACUUCAUAGUUGGUUAUAAAAAUUGUAUAAAAUAAUUGAUGGCUUCAAAACAAACUACAACAUGUGAGAUACGUCCAUUAUUAUAACUUGCAACCCUUGCAGAUUAUGGUGGAAUUUCCCCCCCAAAUAAUUUGGCACAGCUCUCUUAUGGCAGCUUCCAAGCAGCAGUGUUGUGAGUGACCUAUUUUGGCACCAGAAAGUGCUUUGCGUAUAUCCACACAAUAAAGGCGUACUUUCCCAUCCUUGUUACACACCCACCUCCUUUUCCUCUUGCAGGAGCUGUAAUGUGGCAAACACAAAUUCAGAGCUUUACUGCACACAAUACAAAGUUGUGCUUUGAAAGGGCCAUCCGUGAAACCAAGCAUGACCAUGUGAAUGAUGGGUCAUUAGCCCGUAGACAACAUAUUGGCCUAAAUAUGCAUUUGGUAUCUCAUGGAAUAUCUAAUACACUGCCAUUUGCAAUAUAAAGGGAAAGCCUUAGCUAAUGAUAUGGAGGCAGCUUUUCUAUCAAAUAACAUAAUUAAAGUGAGACAUUAUAAUUGAUGUAGAUAACUGAAAAUUUGUAUGGUGAAUGGUUAAAACUGGUUAUUCCUGCAAAUCCCUAGUUGUCCCACCAGUUUAUAGACUUGUUUUUAAUGUUUAUAAAGGUAUUACUAAUAAGUAAUGUAUCUUGAGAGAGCACAUUCUACAGACUAAUGCGAUCACUUGUAAAUUUAUCAAUCACCCAUUUUCUGAAGGGCUAUGAAGGAUCCAACUAUUGUGUCUCCAACUAGCCUUCUCCCAUUGCUUAGACGCAAAUUAAGAAUGCAUGAGGUACUCUCAAACAAUCUUACUUUUUUAACCCUGGUGGAAUAGAAAUAGGCGAUAUUGCACUUUUGCUACUUAAAAGAUAAUUCAUAUAUGACCUUUCCUCUUACCUUGCAGUAUCCUGUAUGACUCCUGAACGAAAGAUAAAUCUUAGUAGUCGUGUUUCCUUGGUUCUUGAGAGUUUUUUUGUAAUGUAAGCUGUUUGAUUUUCAAUGACUGGCAGUUAACUUGUACCGUGGUGUUGCUGCUGCUUCUAUUUGCUGCUAUUGCUUUCAAUAAUUUGUAUGUCACAUAAUAAUCAUGUGCUAUAUCAUAAGACCCGGUUCAAAAAGUAGCCUCUUUAUGCUUUCUAUCUUGGCUUGUUUUGUCAGCUCUGGUAGAAACUGAUCUAUAUAUAUUUUGAGGAGGUUUGCAUGUUUCUAGUAUGUGAACAGAUAAGGUGCCUCAUUUUCAGGUUUGAGCAGAUAUAGGAAUCCCUUGCACUCUGAGCUCCCACCUUUGUUGUGCCUCACUUAAAUAUGGUGCUUCUAUUGUUGUGUAUCUUUUAUGUUUAUUUGUAAGGUGCUGUAUAUAACUUGAAUAUAUUAUGCACAUAUCCUACCCAAUGGGUAGAAAAAAGACAUUUGUUAAUAAUGUAUGAUAAUGUAUAAAUGACAAAUUUUAACAAUGGCAUAGAAUUUGAAUGCCUACCAUGUGCUUUGUCCUUUCUGUAAACAAAGGUUUGCAAAAUAAUACAUAAAGAAUAUCUACUUAGUUUAUUUUCCUAAAAAUGAUUAUCCUGUAAUGUUAAAGUAAAAAGCUAAAAAUACAAGCUUGAUAAUGGCCCCUGAAUUGGGGGUAAUUAGUGGUUUGUAUGCAGUAGAAUUCUCCGUUGUAAAUGUAAUCUUUCCGUGAAGACUUGCAAAGUCGGCAUUAAAACGCAAUAGUAUAUUCACAAUUUAUUUUGCCUAUCAUUUGGUUUCCACCCAGAAUUGAUUAAAAAAAUCAUUUAUGUUUAUAUUUCCUUUGCUCUUUUAGUUACUAAGAGGAAAAUCUAAGAUACACGCUUUUUUUAAAUGCAGAGAAAGAAUAUAACAUUCAAAAACAGCCCACUGUAAAACAAUUAAUCAGUUACAUUCACAAAACACUUAAUUACGAAACAUCUAUUUCAAGUACAGUGAGCUACAGGUACAAUUACACAUAUAUGGGGAUUAGUUAUUUUGUAUGUGGUCUUGUGUUCUUGAGUUACAAAACCAUAAUGGUCAGAUGAAGGGGAGAGGGGAAUAACUAUUAUUCCUCUAAGUCCCUAGAUGUGUCUGGAAGAGGGUGAAACAGCACAAGCCUUUCCAAAGGAGUGACCAAUUGAUUUUUGUAUUCAUACCCAAUAUUUAAAUUUGAUGCAAAAUGCAGUGGGAGUAUUAAACAUCUGAAAUAUAGGAAAUGUUAUAACUGCAUUUGAACAUUUUGUAGCAAUUGACACUAAAACCCUGCCAUCUGUUGACAUGAACAAAUCUGAAGAAAGGUCUCGAACCGAAACGCACCAAUUCCUUCUCUCCAGAGAUGCUGCCUGUCCUGCUGAGUUACUCCAGCAUUUUGUGUCUACCUUUGGUUUAUACCAGCAUCUCUAGUUCUUUCCUAGUAAUAAACGAGUUUCUUUAAAUGUUAGCAUUUAAAAAAAUAAGUAUCCUAAUUGUUUUUUGCAGACAAUAAAAAAUAAUUUAUAUUUAGACGUUUUUAAAAAAAAACAUAGCAGUGCUGCAUAGAUCAAAUACAGCUGCCAGCUUGCUAGAUGCUCGAGUUAUAGCAGGCUUUAUUCCAGCAUUGGUGCCUCAGCUAUAGUACAUUGUACUGUGACUUUUAAGCCGUCAUAUACCCUGAUUUCGUUAAUUACUGACCAAAACAAAUGGUGUUUGUACAUCAAUAUCUCAACUAGUUGAAUGGUCCUUAAUUGAGUUUUAUCACAAAAGAAUGCUGGCAGAAAGGUUAACUACGAUGGAACUGUACACCUAGUCACUUAUGUAACUUAAAAUGGAAACUUUGUGUAUGGAUACUUUAAAGAAAGUUAUUUACUUAUUUCUGUAUCACCACUAUCCGCAGAAAAACUUGUGUAUAUGCCUAUUUUUAAUUAAGCAAUGGUUGUGUCAUAGUUCAUUGACGCGAGGUCUGGUAUUGCAAUACUUUACAGAACAUGUUGCUAAGUGCUGUUGUAAGUCAAAAAUAUUUUCCGCUUACUGUGCUGUGAUCAGAGCACAGCUAAAAUUAAAAUAAAUAAAUUCUGGC